AUGAUUAAACAACAGCAACUUAUUACAUACGCCACAUAUGCAUAUAAUUCAAAGACGGCAGAACAAACGCAAAGGUUGGAAUAUGGAGAUUUGGAGAUAGUAUUGAAAAAUGACCAUUUCGAAUUCGUUUGCAAAGGUGGUGCAGUGAUAUCAAAUAUAAAAGAAAUUUUAUUUAUGAAUUCAAAAAUUAAAGGAAUAACGGAUGAUAUAACAUCAAUUCCACCAGAAGAACAGAGAUAUUACGCAUUAAAUGCAUUUCCUAAAGUUUUGAAGAUUGGAAGAUUUAAUUUAAAUAAGGAAUUCAUAGAAGGUUUCCUAAAUGACAUAAUGAAGAAGGUGGAUAAGGAAUAUGUGGAUAGUGAGUUAAUGAAGAAAGCAGAUAAGGAAUACGUUAAUACCGAGUUAAAUAAGAAAGCAGAUUUAGUUUAUGUAAAUACCGAGUUAAAUAAGAAAGCAGAUGUUGAUCAUACACAUGUUCAAUUCGAUGAAUUAAAUAACAGAAUUAAUCAAACAAAUGCAACAGUUAAAAGUAAUUAUGAUAAUUUAAAUUUCAGAGUUAAUGAAAAUUCAAGAGUAAUUAAUCAAAAAGCAUUUAAAAGUUAUGUUGACCAGGAAUUAAAUAAGAAGGCAAAUUUGGUUUAUGUUGAUGAAAAAGAUAAUGAAAUUAAAGAAAAGGUUGAAGGGUAUCAUGAAUGGACAUUGGAGACUUUUAAAGUUAAAGCUGAUACAGAAUAG